AUGACCUCCCUAAACCAUACUACUGCAGGGAUGGAUUUCAUUCUUGUGGGACUCACAGACAGCCCAGUGCUGGGGAGGAUCCUCUUCGUGGUGUUUCUGCUCAUCUUUGUCGUCACACUGGCAGGGAACCUGUUCAUGAUUGUGCUGAUCAGGACCAAUUCCCACCUGCAAACGCCCAUGUACUUCUUCCUUGGGCACCUCUCCUUUGUAGACAUUUGCUACUCUUCUAAUGUUACUCCCAACAUGCUGCGUGGUUUCGUCUCGGACCAGAAGACAAUCUCCUAUGCUGGGUGCUUCACUCAGUGUCUCCUCUUCAUUGCUCUGGUGAUCACUGAAUUUUAUAUCCUUGCUUCCAUGGCACUGGACCGCUAUGUGGCCAUUUGCAGCCCUCUGCAUUACAGUACCAGGAUGUCCAAGAACGUUUGCGUGUCUCUCGUCACAUUUCCUUAUGUGUUUGGCUUCCUGAAUGGGCUCUCUCAGACUCUGCUCACUUUCCACCUGUCUUUCUGUGGCUCCCGUGUAAUCAACCACUUCUACUGCGCAGACCCUCCUCUCAUCAUGCUGGCUUGCUCUGACACCCAUGUCAAAAAGAUGGCCAUGUUUGUGGUUGCUGGCUUUACUCUUUCAAGUUCUCUCAGUACCAUUCUUCUCUCUUACCUUUACAUUUUCGCAGCCAUCUUGAGGAUCCGUUCAGCUGAAGGAAGGCAAAAAGCCUUUUCUACCUGUGGUUCCCACCUGACAACAGUCACUGUAUUUUAUGGAACCCUUUUCUGCAUGUAUUUAAAGCCUCCAUCAGAGAAGUCCGUGGAGGAGUUCAAAAUAAUAGCAGUUUUUUACACCUUUUUGAGCCCAUUGCUGAACCCCUUGAUCUAUAGCCUAAGGAACAAGGAUGUUAUCAAUGCCAUGAAAGAGGUCUUCAAGGGAAAUUUCUGCCAGAAAAUUUUGGUUUAG